AUGGCAAAGAAGAGAAAGGCCUCCGGCCAGCCCAAGCCGACCAACCCCGAUGCACAGAACUCAAAGCUGGCCAUCAGCACCUAUCAAGAUGUCGCCGAUUCCGAAGACGAAUUCCACAUCAACCGUGACAAGAUACUGCUGGACGAAGGCCCCGACGCCAAAAGGCGGCGGAAAUGGCAGGAACAAGAUCAGCUCCUCGAACCAUCCGAUGAAGAGGUCCUCAACUACGACGAGCAAUCAGACGACGAAGAGGACGGGGAUGAUUACGAUGAGCCUGCUGGCGGAAAAGAUGCGGCAUCUGACUAUUCCGGCUCAGAGGCACCCGCCGGAGAAGAGGACGAAGAGGACGACGAGGCUUGGGGUGCGUCAAAGAAGGAUUACUACGGCGCCGAUGCCAUAGAGACGGAAGAGAAUGCGCUCGAGGAGGAGAAAGAAGCAAUUCAAACACAAAAAAAGCAGUUGGAGCGCAUGACUGAGGCCGACUUUGGCUUCGACGAGUCGGAAUGGCUGGACGCGGACAAAGACGAGGACGAAGAGGCAGACGGUGAGGUGGUCACGGAGAUUCUGCCGCAGCUGCAAGUCACGGAUGAUAUGGGCCCCGUCGAGCGACUGAAACUACUCAAGACAAGAUACCCCGAGUUUGAGCCGCUGUCAAAGGAGUUCCUCGACCUGCAGCCUCUGCACAAUGAGCUUGCGCUUGCUGCCGCCGCCGCUCGGAAAAUGCAGCAGCAACGAGCUGCCAGGACCACGACGCAGACCAAGACUCUCAAGACGCCGGCUGCAGUAAUCAAGUACAGGGCGCUGGCUGCGUAUCUCGCAGCAUUGACCAUGUACUUCGCUCUGCUCACCUCGACAUGCACAGCUGCAGACGCAAAGGCCGUGGCUCUGUCGCCUACCGAGCUGCGAGACCACCCAGUCAUGGAGGGCUUGGUGCAAUGCCGCGAGCUCUGGAACACGGUGAAGGACCUCUCGAUCGCAAACAAGAUCGCCGACAGCGAUACGAGCAACGAGCUGGAGGCUAUUGAGGAGGAGCCGAAUGCCGACAUCUCGCCCAUGGACAUCGAACCCCGCACUUCGGAUGGGGCCAUGGCGCCGCCAAAAACCAAGAGGAAGACUAAGACGCAACGUGCCGCAGAAGCCGCCCAAGCGGCAGCCGAAGCUAAGCGAGCCGAGCGCCUUCGUGCGACAGAAGAGGAGCUUGCCGCCCUGUCAUCCCUUGCCGAUAAGGAUGCCCUGCGCAGGUCGAAGAAGACGACGAAAUCCAAGAAGCCGUCAGCCGUCACUUUCGCCAACGAUGAGGACUCGGACUUUGGCGAUGAGACGGAGCUCAACAAGCACGAACUGGAUGAGAAACUCCGGAAGAAGAAGAGCUUGCGUUUCUACACCUCGCAGAUCGCGCAGAAGCAGAACAAGCGCGGCGCAGCGGGCAAGGAUGUGGGCGGAGACGCCGACAUUCCUUAUCGCGAACGUUUGAGGGACCGCCAAGCCAGACUCAAUGCUGAGGCAGAGAAGCGUGGAAAGAAGGCACUGGCACCAGAUCAAGAACUCGGCGGCGAAAGCGACGACGAGGACAGACGGCAAGCGAAACAGCUGAGGGACGAAGCCGCCAGCGAGGACGAAGACUACUACGACAUGGUGACGGCGCGCUCGAAGCAGAAGAAGGCCGACAAGGCGGCGGCAGCCGCGGCUUACGCGGAAGCUGCACGGAAGGGCGCGCAGGUCGUUGAGACGGAGGAGGUUGGGGCGGAUGGAAAGCGCAAGAUCACCUAUGCCAUCGCCAAGAACAAGGGUCUGACGCCGCAUCGCAAGAAGGAUGUGCGCAACCCGCGUGUCAAGAAGAAAAAGAAGUACGAGGAGAAGAAGAAGAAGCUGGGCAGCAUCAGGCAGGUCUACAAGGGAGGCGAGGGUCGUGGUGGAUACAAGGGAGAGUUGACGGGUAUCAAGAAGGGCCUGGUCAAGAGUGUGAAGCUAUAG